AUGGAGGAAACAAAGUUCUUCACCCUCUUCUUUCUUGGCACUUCUUUUUGUUUGAUAUCCUUGUUUCCAACAGUUUUGAAAGCAAAGGAUUCCAUAACUUCAACGCAUUCCAUCACUGAUAGCCAGACACUAGUUUCCUCUGGUGAAAAAUUUGAACUUGGUUUCUUCAGUCCUGGCAAUUCCAGUUUGAAAUAUCUGGGAAUAUGGUACAAGUAUAUCCCAAAGCUUACUGUUGUUUGGGUUGCAAACAGGGACAAUCCACUUGUGAAUUCUACUGGCACUUUAAAAUUCAGCAAUGACGGUAAGCUUAUCAUUCUCAGCCAUACAGGAGGUAUCAUAUGGGCUGCGAACUCAUCCAGAUCAGCAAGGAAACCAGUAGCUCAGCUUCUAGACUCUGGAAAUUUCGUCUUCAGAGAUCUUGAAGAUGAAAGCUCUGAGAGCUACAGAUGGGAGAGUUUUGAUCAUCCAACUGAUACAUUUAUUCCGGGAAUGAGACUUGGUUGGAACUUCAAAACUGGGUUGAACAGACAUUUAACCUCUUGGAAAAGACAUGAUGAUCCUUCUUCUGGAGAGUAUACGUAUAGUGUGGAUCCACGUGGCCUUCCUCAGCUUCUUCUUCUUAAAGGGAAAGAGAAGGUCUUCAGAAGUGGACCAUGGUUUGCACAACAACUCAAAGGUGACCCAGCUCUUAUGGAAAACCCAGUUUUCAAACCUGUUUUUAUUUUUGAUUCUGAUGAAGUGAUUUUCACGUAUGAAGUUAAGGACAGUGUCACUUCAAGAUUUGUACUUACUCAAUCUGGUAUGAUUCAGCACUUCUCGUGGAGUGAUCCUCAUUCCAGUUGGAUCCCAGAUUUUACAGUUCAAGGAGAUCGCUGUGAUGAUUACGCCAUUUGUGGUGCCAAUGGUAGUUGUGGCAUAAAAGAAUCCCCAAUUUGCAAGUGUUUGGAUGGAUUUGAGCCAAGACUACCUCAAGAUUGGCGGAAAUAUGAAUGGUCAGGUGGAUGUAUUAGGAAGGAUUCUCAAACUUGCAGAAAUGGAGAGGGAUUUAAGAAACUUACAGGAGUGAAACUACCAGAUUCUUCUGUGUUUCACACAAACUCAACCAUGAGUUUUGAGGAGUGUGAGGCAGAGUGCUUGAAGAACUGUUCUUGUGUAGCUUAUGCUAAACAAGAUAUUAAUACAACCGGCAAAGGAUGUGUUUGUUGGUUUGGCAGCUUAUUCGAUAUCAGAGAGGUUGCAGAUUAUGGACAAGAUCUCUACAUCAGAGUUCCAGCUUCAGAACUAGGUUCAAAUGCUCAUGUCCCGAAAAGAAAGAAACAUAUAAUAAUUAUUGUGGCUGUAUCAGUGGGUUCAGCAAUUGUUGUCUUGGUAUCAUGGCUCAUAAUUAAGAGAUGGAGAAGGGAAGGAGCUAUAGAGGCAGAAAUUCAACUGGUACUUAACAGAUCUAGAAGUGAACUCCCAUCAUUCAAGAUUGACAUUAUUGAAGCUGCAACAAAGAACUUCUCUGUCUGCAAUAAGAUCGGAGAAGGUGGAUUUGGUCCUGUAUACAAAGGUAAACUAGCAUCAGGACAAGAAAUAGCUGUGAAAAGGCUAUCUGAAAGUUCAGGACAAGGCUUGCAAGAGUUCAAGAAUGAGGUUAUUACAAUAUCCCAACUUCAACAUCGAAAUCUUGUCAAACUUCUAGGUUGCUGCAUUCAUAAAGAUGACAGAAUGUUGAUCUAUGAGUACAUGCCAAAUCAAAGCUUAGACUCCCUGCUAUUUGAUGAAACAAAACGCUCUACACUCACCUGGCAGCAGAGACUGGACAUUAUUGUCGGAGUAGCUAGAGGAAUCCUUUACCUGCACAGAGACUCAAGACUCAGAAUAAUUCAUAGAGAUUUGAAAGCCAGCAAUGUUCUUUUAGAUAGUGAAAUGAAUCCAAAAAUUUCUGACUUUGGAAUGGCAAGAAUGUUUGGCAGAGAUCAAACUGAAGCAAAAACCAAUAGAUUAGUUGGAACCUAUGGAUACAUGCCACCAGAGUAUGCAAUAGAUGGCCACUUCUCAUUCAAAUCUGAUGUCUUCAGCUUUGGUGUUUUGCUAUUAGAGCUGUUGAGCGGCAAGAAAAAUAAAGGAUUUUUCCAUCCAGAUCACAAGCUGAACCUCCUUGGCCAUGCAUGGAAGCUUUGGACUGAAGAGAAUGCAUUGGAGCUGAUGGAUACAAUACUUGAGAAUCAGUUUCCUGCAUCAGAAGCUCUGAGGUGUAUCCAAGUGGGACUUUCUUGCGUUCAACAGAACCCAGAAGAUCGACCAACAAUGUCACAAGUGCUUCUGAUGUUAGACAGUGACACUGUCUCGCUGCCCCAACCUGGACGACCAGGAAUGUAUUCAGAGAGAUAUUUCUCUGAAACAGAUUCAUCAUCACUUGCAGGAGUCAAUUCUUGUUCCAAUGACACAAGCAUCACCUUACUGGAGGGUCGUUAAGCUUUUGUCUCUGAAAAUGGCUUGUGAGACAAACGUGCAAUAGAAUCUGCUGCUUGAAAUAAAAUUAAGCUUAUGAUAACAAUCA